UCUCCUCUCCAGGCCAAAGACAGCGACGAUGAAGAAGAGGUGGUUCAUGUGGACCGGGAUCAUUUUAUGGAUGAAUUCUUCGAACAGGUGGAGGAGAUCCGCGGCUGCAUAGAGAAGCUGUCGGAGGACGUGGAGCAGGUGAAGAAGCAGCACAGUGCCAUCCUGGCUGCUCCCAACCCAGACGAGAAGACCAAGCAGGAGCUGGAGGACCUCACGGCCGACAUCAAGAAGACGGCCAACAAGGUGCGCUCCAAGUUGAAAGCCAUCGAGCAGAGCAUUGAGCAGGAGGAGGGGCUGAACCGGUCCUCGGCUGACCUGCGGAUCCGUAAAACACAGCACUCCACCCUAUCCCGUAAGUUUGUGGAGGUGAUGACGGAGUACAACGCCACCCAGUCCAAAUACCGGGACCGCUGCAAGGAUCGGAUCCAGAGGCAAUUGGAGAUAACUGGCCGGACAACCACCAACGAAGAGCUCGAAGACAUGCUGGAGAGCGGCAAACUGGCUAUUUUCACUGAUGAUAUCAAAAUGGACUCACAGAUGACGAAACAGGCUCUGAACGAGAUCGAGACCCGACAUAAUGAGAUCAUCAAACUGGAAACCAGUAUCCGUGAGCUGCACGACAUGUUUGUGGACAUGGCUAUGUUGGUGGAGAGCCAGGGAGAGAUGAUCGACCGCAUUGAGUACAACGUGGAGCACUCCGUUGACUACGUGGAAAGAGCUGUGUCCGACACCAAGAAAGCUGUAAAAUACCAGAGCAAGGCUCGGAGGAAGAAAAUUAUGAUUAUAAUUUGUUGCGUGGUCCUUGGGGUAGUUCUCGCUUCCACAAUCGGGGGGACUCUGGGGUUGUAA